AUGGCGCGCCCGAGAAAGGACGUCAAGUUCAACCACCAGGUCCGCAGCGCCAGCAACGGCAGGGCGCGGAGACCCUCGCAGAGCAUGUCCGAGUACAGCGACCCGGGCAGCCCGACUAUCAAAGAAGAGACGGCACCUCCAGCCUCCGAACAGCCCCCCCAGACCGAGUACGAGAAGAAGAAGGCCAACUUCAUAACGCGCACAACAUGGACCCUCGUCAUGAUUGCCGGCUUCUUCUGGGCCCUCGGCGCGGGUCAUCUCUUCAUAAUCAUCAUUGUCACGGCAGUCCAGGUCAUAUCCUUUAAGGAGGUCAUCGCAAUCGCAAACGUGCCCAGCAAGGCCCGCAGCCUGCGCUUCACCAAGUCGCUGAACUGGUACUUCCUCGGCACCGCCAUGUACUUUCUCUACGGCGAGAGUGUCAUCUACUACUUCAAGCACGUCCUGAUGGUGGACCGUCUGCUGCUGCCCCUGGCUACCCACCACCGGUUCAUCUCCUUCAUGCUGUACAUUAUUGGCUUCGUCUUCUUCGUCUUCUCGCUCCAGAAGGGCCACUACAAGUUCCAGUUCACCCAGUUUGCUUGGACGCACAUGGCCCUCUUCCUCAUCGUUGGACAGGCGCACUUUGUCAUCAACAACAUCUUCGAGGGAUUCAUCUGGUUCAUUCUCCCCGUGUCCAUGGUCAUUACCAACGACAUCUUCGCUUACCUUUGCGGUAUUACGUUUGGACGGACACCCCUCAUUCAGAUCUCGCCCAAGAAGACAUGGGAGGGCUUCCUCGGCGCCUGGUUCUUCACUGUUAUCUGGGGUAUGCUCGUUGUCCACUUCCUCGGGGACUACAAGUACUUCAUCUGCCCCGUCAACGAUCUGGGCGCAAACAUCUGGUCCGGCCUCGAAUGCAGGCCAAACCCGGUCUUCAUCGCGCGCGACUAUACCGUUCCCUUCCUUCCCGAGGGUCUCCCCAUCCCGCGAACAUUCAACAUCAUGCCAGUGCAAUUCCACGUCAUCAUGCUCGGAACCUUUGCUUCUCUCAUCGCGCCUUUCGGUGGCUUCUUCGCUUCUGGCCUGAAGCGCACCUUCAAGAUCAAGGACUUUGGCGACUCCAUCCCCGGUCACGGUGGAAUGACUGACCGCAUGGACUGCCAAUUCAUAAUGGGCUCGAUCGCCUUCUUCUACUACUCGAGCUUCAUCGCCGUGCACCACACCACAGUCGGUGGAGUGAUUGAAGCAGCCAUUACUGGACUCACUUACGAGGAGCAAAUGGAGGUUGUCAAGAUCAUGAGCAAGCACUUGGUAAACCAGGAAGUGAUAUCACCAAAGUGCACAUCACCCACGCCAAUGCCACCCCGCCCUUUCGUGAACGACGGCCUGUGGCGAUGCCUUUGUCCGGGGUUUCCGUCGAAUGCUGGAACGACACCGCCCAUUGUAAGAGGAGGAGCUAGGCUGCUGCCGCGCAAUGCACCGCGAAACGAUGCCACGCCCAACUGCGGCCGCCAACUGCGUACCUACAACCGCUCCAGCGCACCCUCGGCAGCGAACGACACUUUCUUCUCGCAACCCGGGGCUUCCCUGAACGGCUUCCGGUCUUUUGUAGAGAAGCCUCGCGCUCUCCCAUCCCACACUUCUCGCGAUAGACCUCCGCUCGCCCAGCUCCCGACCUACAUCCUAUACGAACAUGUGCGGGCCGAGGGCGCCAAGGGCAACUUCGACGAAGUCAUGAACAUCUGCAGGGUAUUGAUCAAAGACAGAGGGGAGCUGCCGAACAGGGAGAUGUACACAGCCGUACUACACAGCUUCGUCGACUCCGUCAAUGGCACGGCGGGGAAGGUCCGCAAGGUGCUGGAAGAGAUGGGCUUCUGGGACGAGACCGAUGGAUCUCUGACCGGAAAGCCAAGAAUCCUGCUGGAUGCGCGGGGCUGUGAAUGCGUGCUUGAGGUGCUCGCAGUGCACCCGGACUACCUGCUCCGCACCGACAUCCUCGAAUACAUGAAGUCGCGAUGGUUCAUGCCAUCCGACCGUGCGCGCAACUUCAUCAUAGCCGGGAUGCUGCGCGAGCGACAUUUCGAACACGCACUCGAGUUGCUGGAGGAGAUGGUCAGGCACAAAGCACGCGUGGAGAGUUGGCUGUUUGACAAGGCCAUAUGGAUGCUGCUGGAGUUUGGCGAAGUCGAGGAAGCAUUCUACGUGCUCAGUCUCAAGGAGGGCGUGCACAGCAAGAGUAGCGGAACAGGUACAGUCCAGCUCAGUAUCGCUCUCUGGGGAGCGUUGCUAGAUGCCGCGGCGCACAAACAGCUUUUCGCUGAGACGAGCCUUGUAUGGAUUGCGCAAGUCCAGCCGGGCUACCUGAAGCCCGGCACCGGCGCCUGCCUGCACGUACUCACUCUCGCCUCACGACACGGAGACAUCCAGCUCGCUACCGAUGUCUUUCGCGUCCUGACCGAACGAGGUACAACGUUCACCUCGCAACACUAUGAACUGCUCAUAUCCACAUACCUCAACGCCAACGACCUCCAAGCAGCUCUAUCUGUCAUCCUCAUCAUGGUUGAUUCCAACUUGAAGGUCAACUCUGGGACCUGUGAUCCUCUCUACUGGUAUCUGUCCGCUAAAAACGACAACGAUGACAGCAGACCCAUGCAAGCCUUCAGAUAUCUGCAAGACUUUGAGACUUCUGGCCGCAAAGUUCCCACCGCUGCCGUCAACGCAUGCAUCAAAGCCAGCAUCGCAAGCAAGCGCCUGGAAGAGGGCAUCGAGAUUUACAAAGCCCUACACACAGUAUCGCAUGCUGGCCCGAACACAGAAACGUUCAACAUCCUGUUUCAAGGCUGCCAUAGGUCCGCCCGCAAGGAGCUUGCCAUGUUCUUUGCGAACGAGAUGGUCAAGCUGGGUCUCAAACCUGACCGCAUUACGUAUGAUCGUCUGAUCCUGGUGUGCCUAGAAUCGGGUGACCUGGAAGAUGCUCUGCUCUACUAUGAGGAGAUGCGGUCAACGGGCGCGACAACUGGCAAAAAGGGCCCCUUGAAGCCUAGAAGGAAGACGUGGGAGACGUUGAUCCACAGGUGUGUCUUGAAGGGCGACGAGAGGGCUGUUGCGCUGUUGAAGGAUUACAAAGCUAGUGUGGAGGAACCGCGAAUCGCAGUGGAGCGAGCUGUCAUCGAUCGCUUCGAGUAUGGCAUCAUACCGACCAAUCUAGCGGAGAUCGGACGAGCGACACCCGAACAGACAGCCGACGCUGUCAAAGACCGACAUGGCAGGCCGGAGGCUGGUCAAACCCCAGACGCUGACUCGGAACUGUCGGAGGGACGAAGUGGGGCGGGCCCUGAAGGAAUGAGCUCGAGUGCGAACACCGAGACGGAGACACAGAGAGCCGAAUCCGUUGACGGGCUUUCACAGCUUAUGAGAGUUAGCAAGAGCACCAAGCAGUACUAG